AACACCUUCCACAUUUCCCUGAAAAGGAUUUUUCACUGAAUCUUUCUUAUUAUUUUGAGAGGUAUCAACGAAGCUAAAGAUUUUGUAACUUCUUGGCGCAGCGUCCAGCUGCGGAGCUGGCGAGGUCACCGGCUCAGCGCGAGAGGAUCGGAGUUCUCCCGGGUGCAUCACGAAGUCCUGCCUGGACUGCUCUUCGGUGUCAAGGGUUGUUUUUCCAGUAAUUUGGACCUUUUUGAAGUGCCCGCUUGCCUAAUGCCAUGAAUAUUGCAGUGAACAAUGUGGAAGAAAAAGCUGUCCAUUCCUGGUCGAGAAUUUCCUCUGCAGGACAGAAAGUGCUGGAGGAAGCCCUCCGAGUCUUCAACCCGAUGUCCAAGGACCUUUCGGACACGGAGACCCAGCUGGUGGCCUUCAUUCAGGGCCUGAAGGAGGAGGGCUACCAGCCCACAAUUCUGAGGAGUAAGGAUGUGUACGGGUACAGCUCGUGCACGGCAGACACACCUAGCCAAACAAAAGACAGCACCCCGCACAACUGCGCCGCUGCCGCCGAGUCCGCUAAGAGUCCGGCUCGAAACACUGCAGCUGCGGCAAAGGUGUCUGCUUCGCCCACCAGCGUUUCGGUGAACUCUUCGAAAGUCUCCGCUCAGCCCGUCUCUAAAGGGGAUUCCACAAAUCUCCUCUUGAGCUCCUUGAAGCAGACAAGAUCUGGCACGUCCAAGGCCGCGGCAGUGGGCUUCCCUACAAGCAUGUAUCCUGACGUGUAUCCAGCCAUGAGACUGUCGGUGGUUCUGGAAGCUCUGGUGCCGCUGAAAACUACCGCGUCCCGUUUGGAGUCCAAGUACACACGGGGGCGUCUUGGGAUCUCGCCCUCGGACCUUAAACUCCUCAAGGCUUCGAGUCCGCCGAGGCAGUUUUCUUCAGGCAAGGCCGCUAAAAUAACAGAAGGUAAGGGGUACAAGCAUUUGAUAAAGAAAGCACCGGAUUCUGCCACCCUCGCUUUAAAUCUCCUGAAGGGACCAAAGGGUGGAGUGCUGCAGGAGAGCAAUGCUUGCAAAGCCUCGGGAGUCCUCAAUGGGAGAGUCACAGGCAGCUCGUCCCAGGGCUGCACCACAGCACAGCAGUCCAAGACCUUGAAAAUCAAAAAUAAGGAACCUCUGGUGGGAAAAACAGAGUGGAAGGACAGCAGCACUUACCGGGAGAGUGCUGGGCAGAAGAGGAGAAGAGCUACGGAGGCAAGAGAAGCACCGCAGAGGAAGAGAGCAAAUACCAUUCCUGUCCGAAAUAAAUCUCGACGGGCUCAGAGCACUUUGAACCUGCUGAAAUUCCGGGCCAUCAAGGUGGGCAACUCUUCUUCUGACGAAGAAGUGAGGAGGAGAGCACAGAAGAUUCUUAGGGUCAACCUGUCCCCCGUGAUCCGAAUUCAGCCCUUGUCCCACUCUCACAGUGUUCCCUGAGUUUCUUCGCUCUGUCACUUUUUUUUGUAAGUAAGUAAAUACGAGCCCGGCACCAGAGCGUGGAGAAGUUUAAGAGCGACUCUGGAUCUCUGGUGCCUGGUGACGAUAUGUCGACUAACCUGCAGACGGAGCAGCCUGCUCUCGCGCUGCUUCUGCCUGUCUACCACUGCUAUGCAGAACUGACUGCAGAAAUACAAAAUCCUGUUCAGGAACGUGGGACGGUGACUCACCCGUGGCGAGCCGAGCAGGUCGGAGGGCUCGCUUCCCGUGGGCGCUCUUCUGAACGUGGCAGGCUGCGCUCUCGUGCAGGGGGAGAACACGGGCCUUUCUCAUGACAUUGAUGCACUGUGAUACUGCUCUUUUUCAAGCUGUACAUUUACUGGUUUUAUUUUGAUCAAAUUUUAUAACUUUAUUAUCUAUAUAUCUAUAUAUCCAUAUAUGUGCAUAUCACCUAGGAACUGUGGGAAGAUGCACUUCCUCCAUCCCUCUGGGAUUGGGUUCGAUAGCUUUUGUUCCCCCUCUCCUUCAGCCAGUCUUUUGUUGAAAGGUGCCAGGAUUUCUCUGUGGUUCAGUGUUGUGACUGUCUGUUCUGGGCUCUCUUGAGCAGCUCAGAGGCAGGCAGAGUUAUAGCCACUUGUUUGUCUCCAGAAAUGCCAAGCAACUUGGAGAAUUACCAGCUGAUAGUUGACUAUAGUUUUAAUAAUAUUUUCGGUAUUACCUCUGCAUAAGAGUGGGGGAGUGUUAUGGGGCUGUUGCCUCCAAGUCUGCCUGACAUCUGUAGGUGCCUCCUCUGUUUGUUGGUAGCAGAAGCUCUGAACUCAUGGUAGGGGUUUGCCUCCAAAGAGCGAUUCCUCCUCAGCACCCGGUGUCGCUCCGCUCUCCUGUACCCCACGUGCAAACGUAGAACAUGAACUGUGACUGUUAGAGCUGAAGGGCUGGAGUUGUUAAUAAGAAUUGCAUAAAGUGUCCUGCCCACCACGUAACUGCUUUGCUGUUGCUGGGUGUUUCAGGAGCAGGUUCUAGGUGCCGGUAGAGAAGACACAGGCUGUGUUUGAAUGUAUUAGAUACAUCUUGCCGGUCCCAGAGCUCAGUGGGGUAUUUGAGCCUGAGUUAAAGAAGAAAAGCGGAAGGGUUGAGAGGAUAUAUGCCAGCACUUAGAGGGUUUCUUUCUGUCAGUUUGUGGGGGCGAAGCAGUAGGAGAGGAGAUCGGCACCGUGUUGCGGUGGGUGACAGCUUUGCCGUGCCAUCUGGGAUGUUGCGAGAAGGUGUGUGGCAGGUGUGAAAGCUCCCGGGGCGCAGGCUCUGCCCGUCCCCAGGAGGCACUGCGGAACCACUGCAGACGGCUGUGCCGGGGGCACGCUGUCGGAUGGGAACGCAGGCAGUGCGCUGGCGGAGGUUGGGUCUGCUCUCCGCAGGGAGGGAUCUGCAAGCUCCAGGAGAAACACCGUGCUGGAGCAGUCGGUGCUGCAGCUGUCACCUGGAAGGGACGGCCUCCGGUGAUCUCCAUUGGGAUGCUGCAAAAGCAGAACCUGGCGGCUUGGGGAGAGGGAGCAGUGUCCAGCCGGGCACGGGCCUGGCUCUACGCUGCCAUACAUUCAGAUCUCUGCAGCAGUGAGCCGGUAAUCCACUCAUUCUCUCACCAGCUCAAAAUACCAGUUGUCUGACCUCGUAAUCUCUGUGGACGUUGGCUGAAGGGAUGAGCUCCCCAGGGAAGCCCCAGCCCCAGCUCCUUAUGUUUCAGCCCCUCCCUAGCACCUGGCUGGAUUUCAGCGCUUUGUAAAAGGGGUCAGCAUCUGAUCCCCAGCUCAGAGAGGAAAACCGUGGCACGGAGAGGAGAGAGGAGGUUCAUGAGAGAGUGAGAGGGCAGGGAAGCUGGGUGUCCCGAGGCACAGCCGGGGUUCUCCCCCCUCGCCCAGGUAGGGCAGGGUGGAGACUCUCCCUUGGGGGAUGAUUGCAGGUUCUGUGUGGUUUUACUGUGCGUAUCUGAGCUGCUGUCGGAGAUCAUAACUUGCAGUGUUUGAGACUGACCUGUGAAUGCCGCUGGUUGGCUGCAGAGGAGGAGGAAAUAUUUCCUUCUGCUUCUGUGUUUUAAAAUGCUCUGGCAGAGAGUUCCCUGUCCUGACAUGAUGCUGGAUGAACAGGGAGCCUCCAUCACUGUUAACCGGCCAAAAAUUGCUUUGUCCCUUUUGUCCCCAUCCUUCAGACCUUUCUCAUUCCCACGCUCUCAAAUGCCAGGUCUUGAAGUCUUGCACUGGAGUUUCUCUUUUUGGCUGUUACCCGAGGAGGGCUCUGAACUCCUGCCUGCGGCAUUGCUGUCUGACAGGCUGCUCAGCGGCUUCCCCUGCUCCCAGCCCCAUAUAAGGGCACCGAGAGCUGUCUCUGGAACCUCUUCGUGCGGCGCAGACAUCCCAGCUGAGCGCCUGGCCUCCGGUGGGAAAAACAACCGUGCAUCAACAGGGCUGAAUUUGGGUCGAGGUUACUUUUCCUCCAGCCUGAGCAGGAAGCUGAGCACCUGAGGCCAGCUUAUCGGGCCACAUCCCUCCUCUUCGCUGUGUUUCUUCCCCCAGCUGCGCUGCUGCCUGCCGCCCCACUCUUCUCUGUCACCUCUUGUCUUUCACAGCUUGGGUCUUUGCCAGUCAAGGAAUUGGCUUGUACUGUUGCUUAACACAUCCAGCAGAACAUACUGCCUUAGUGCUGCCGUGCCUUUCCAGGCACUGAGCUGAGUUCUGCAAAUGCUUGGUGGCGACGGCUCGCCCGGUGUCCUUCCCAGGCCACCAGCAAGAGGUCUUCUGCUCUGCAGGGAGAGGCAAGCAUUAGAAACGCUUCUGUGUCACUGAGGCUCCUGCCAGGGAAGCGAGCACCCUGUAGCUCUGUGCUCGGGGACUUGCCCGUCAUCAGUCCAGUCUCUGUCAGCUCUCCUGCAUGUCUCUAACAGACCACAGGGCCCCUGAGCUACUGGGCAGUGCUGGAGCUCGGUUCUCUGUCCUCCUGAUGUCUCCUCUUCCCCCUCGCAGGUGAUUUGGGAACUUGGCCAAGGAUUGCAGCUUGUUAUUCACAGGGGGGCUUUACAGCCCCUGGUGUCAAUGUCGGCAACUGCUGCCUGUCGGCUGUUCCCAGGGAAUCCGGUGCUGGCAGGCGGGGUGCCUGCAACCUCUUGGUGGUUGGCUCUGCCAUCCUUCAUCUCGUGGCCGGGUGCAGGUGCUCCUGGCAUCUGGGGCCUUCGACACUGAUGUGCAGGAGGCUGCAGGAGGGACUGUGCUGUGGACGCUGCUGUCUGGUGUUUAGGGAAGAUGAAGGGUUUGAACAACCCAGACCUGCCUAAGACCUGAUCUAACCAGAGAUCUCCCUCCAGAGGUCCCUUCCACCCUGUGUUACUCUGUGACAGCAGAGUAACGCUUGCCUUCCAGGGACCUGCACAGCAGUAACUGGCAGGGCACAUAGAAAUGCUUUGCCUGGAGUGCUGUGGUCUCUGCUGAGCGUGCUGUAUGCAGGUUGUUCAGACCUGUUUCUGUAUUAGUCACUUUGAAUUCAUCCAAGUGCCUAACCUGGCCUAUGCUGUUCCUGGGCACCAUGACAGCCGAGAGCUUUGGACACUCUCUUAGGAAUGCUUUUACCGCAUGGGUUUGUGCCACUGACACUUCGAGAAAUGAUUCAGCCAGCGGUCAAAGGGCUGUUCUUCCAACUGACUUUGUGGAAAUAAUUUCUCCUUUUAUUCAGCUGCCAAGAAGCAAGAGUUUAUGCUUUGCCUCCACCAGACAAGGUUCUUGAGCUUCCUGCAUGCUUCAGAUAUCCGUCAGCGAGGUCCGUGGGGAGAGCAGCUUGUCCGGCAGGCAGCUGAAGGGGAAGCUGACAUCGGAUACCAGUUGAAAUCACAUUGUUAAUUGGUAGAAAUGUUUUGAAGCUCAUGUCCACUGUGAUCAAAUUUCACCUUCUGCCGCUACUUUCAGUUGGGGAAGUUUCUCCUUGGCCUCUUCCCUGCAAGCCAUGUAGCGUGGUGCUGCUGCUUCCAAACUGUCUGCGUCCCCCCCAGAGCCAGCUGCCGCAGCGAUCCUUGUACAGAAUUUCUUAAGCACUUUUCUGCAAAAUAAGAAGGGAUUAUUUUGUUACUCCUGUUUUGUAGCCCACUAGUGGUAUUUCAGUGCGAGGAGGAGGUGUGCUCUGUGGAGUGUUGUCAGCACUAGUGUAGCUGGAUACUUCUCAAACCAGGGCAUCACCUGCCCAGCCUGCAGCACUCACGCUCACAGGGCCUGGGGGGCGGUGGGCUGAGACCCCUCGUUGCCUGGUGUUUCCUUGCACAGAAUUCAGCCAGUCACCAGCUAAAAGCAUCGCAGGGAAGUCGGGAGCAGAACAGCACAGGUGGGUGAUGCUGCACACCUGGCUCCGUGGCCCUGCUCCAUAGCUGCCCCUGUUCUGCCGCGUGUCCUCCGGGCCCCCCUCGCACACCAGCAGCACUUCUCCACCGGUGGAGCUGGUGGAAGUCCCCCAGCUCCAGCUGUGGCAGGAGGGGCUGGGGGGCUUUGGGUUUUGGGCUUGAGCACAGAAUUUGGGCCCUUUCACUUGUGACUUUUGCUGUGUUCAUGGCCAGACCUUGCCAGCAUGUUGGGGGGUGCAGCCACUCCAGCUGCUCUCCUCCUUGGUUUAAAGUUCCCUGCCCUGGCUGGGAGCUGGGCCUUUGGCCACAGCACAAGGGACGCGUGGGGACGGAGAGCAGGUUUGUCUCUCAGCUGCAGCUGGACAGUGUGACGCGAGCUGGGCAGCUUCCCGGGCAGGAGGGCAGGUUUAGGUGGGAGGAUCCUUGUUUUGGCCGUGGUUGGCAGGGUUGGUGCCCAGCUGUGUGGAGCACCUGCCACUCAAGCAGGUUGGUUGGUUUGUGUGGAAGUGACAGUUUCUGUUUCAGUCUUCAAAAUGGCACUGGCCCAUUUGCUCCUGUUGUCAGAUGGGGAUGGCUUUCCGGGAGCUGAGGUGGCCUGAGGAGAGGACAGCUGUUCUGGGGCACCUUGCACCUUCUCGAUGGUGCUGCAGUCCUUGGCUUUGUGAGCUGGGUGGGCUGGCACCAUCUGUGAAGAGGGACAGCAGGGCAGGUUGCUCCCAGGCCCUUGUGUUUGGGGCUCUGUGCUAGAGAGCACCAUGCUCGGGUUUCCUUCUUGCAGCCUGCUCCUGCCUGGAGCUGUGUGCCAUUAGGAAGGUGCCGAGUGCCUGCUGGCUGGUGGAGCAGAGACCUUGUCCCAGAAGGCAGGAGAGCCAGCCCUGAGUGUUGAGUGAACCCUGUCUGUGGAUGUGACUGUGCUAGCACUCGCAGCUUGGCCAGCUGCUGCCUCCAAAGCCGUGGUGCUGAGGCCAGACCCCUCAGUUUGCUUAGGAAGACCGAGGAGGUCUGGUCAAAAAGCAAGAAGCUGGGAUUAGGGGAAACCAAAGACGCCAGCAGGGCCUGGCUGGCCAGCUUCUGCUUCUGCUGCAGGAGGAAAUCUGCAAACAGAGGAGCCAAGUCUGUGGCGUACCGGUAGCACUUCUUCCACUCUGUCCCUGCCCGGCUGACGGAGCCUGUCCUGCCCUGUCUGGCAGCACUACACAGGCACUGGUGCUGCAGGCUCUGGGGCACAGGCGAGGGGGUGCCCUUUUGGAGCAGGUGCCUCUCCUAACCCUUGGUUUCCAUCCUUCAUCGCUUGCACAGACUGGCCCUGCUCGGGUGGCCGCCGGAAGGUAAGCCGCUCCCUGGCUUGCAGAGCCCCCCCUCCAGUGUGUGCUGACUUGUACCCUCUGGACGCCCUCGCAGAGGGGGAAGCACUUCCUCCGGUGAGCAUCCGAAAUACCUUCCCCUUCGGGGACGAUUAGGCCUUGCCCCAGGGAGUCCCUUAAAGGCCUUAUUAUCGUCUGGGACUCUCUCCUCGUUGUCUUAAUUAGCCCUUUCCGUUCCUGUUGCUACAGGCAGCCCCUGUGAGAGUCUGGUGAUUCCCACAGGCACAGUCAGGCACGUGGUGCUGUUGUAAAAGAGAAGGUGCUGCAAAGCUACCCCCAGAAAUACCUCCCCUCCUGCCCCUGCUCUGCCACGCUGCCCAGGCCUGGGACGGGACAAAACGAGUGUCAGCGGGGAAGGCACGGUGUGUGACGCCGUUCCCUCCGCCUGGUUCCCGGUGCAGCACUCCUGAGGAGUAGCAUUUCCCGAGCAGAGGCACAGCAGCCGCUCUGAGGGACGCGGGGGCUCUGGGUGGGCACUGCCUGGCCCCUUGUGCUCGUCUCUGCCAACCAUCGUCUCUAAGAGAGCCGUCUCCACACCGCAGCAUGACUGACCUGCUCCGGCUGGCACUGGUGCCGCCGGCUCAGCCACGGGCAUCCCCCAGUGUUCGGGGGUCCUGAGUGACGGCCGGGGAGCAGCAAUGCAGUCCGCGGGAGGGCGAGUAACAAACUUUUGUAUGGUGAAUUUACAACAACUGACCAUCUUGUUCUUGAGUGAACUUUUUACUGUUUCAUUUGUUUGUGUAGAAUGUUUCUGAAGCUAUAUUAAUAUUUAAUGUUUAAUAUGAGGCUGGGCUGCUCCACACUCAGUGUUGUAUAUUUUGGAAUGGCAUUGUUUAGUGAAAAGACAGUGUUAGUAUUAUUCCGCUCUUCGGAGGGAAUGGGACAAAAACCAGACUGUCUUUUUUCUUAAAUGAAGUGAACUUUUUGUUAUGAAGUCCUAGCAGGUGUCCAGCCCUUCAGUAAAAUGGUGCUCAGAACCGC